CUUUGCAUCAAAAUGAGCCUGAACAGAAAAUCUCAAAAACUUAGCAAAGAGCUAAGCUCAAGAGUAAAAUUUCGCAAGAAAUAUAAAUCCAAGCAACACUAUGUUAUCAAAUUUUUGAGAAAGAGAAUUCCAAAUUUCCCUCUCAACCUAGACUUAGGAGUCGUAAACAAAAGAAGUGAGGAAUCUCCAGAUCCUGAGCAAAUCCGGAGAGAAGCAGACAGCGUCAUAAACGAUAUGAAAUAAACUGACUGAGUCACUCCAAAAGAAAGGAUAUAAAGAACAGCUGAAAAGAAUGUCAAGAUCAUAUCUUGUUAAAAGACUGGCUGGGUCGUCAUCCACAAAUAAUUUGAUGCUAAGCGGAAAGAAGGCAAAUUCUCGCAAGAGAGCUAAAGCACCUCCUUUAAUUCAGGAAUAUAAAAAUCUUAAUACUUAUCUUAACCAAUAUCAAGGUCGUAUGAAAGCAGGUGGAAACAGUGUGCAGUUUAUGAGAGCCCUUCGUCAAUGAGAAACCCCUAAAAUUGACUAUAUCUCCUACGGUCUGACUAAAAGUUCACCUCAAAGACUUACAAUUGAAGCAGAAUUACGGGGCAGAAAAGGUCUUAGGAAAAGAACUAAUCAGCUUAGAGAGAAAGUUCAAAAUGCUAUCAGACAUGAUACCGAUGAAUGGAAGAAAGAGGUCCAGAAAGUUGUUAACAAGGCUGAAAGAAAUCAAUAUUUCACAGAGAGAAAGAAUAAGAUCAUGCCAAGUCGGAGCUAUCAAGAUUUCCCAAGAAAUUCUCAAAAUUGAUACAGCUCUUUUACAAAUGAAAAUUCGAAAUAAUUCAGACAGCAUCAAAUCAACAAAAGGCAACUCACACAACUCGAGCAAGAGGAGUCUUAAAAUAGACAAACAUUUGCCAAAAGUAUAUGACACUGAAAGUUUUCUGACGCCAAGUCAACACACAAAGAAGCAGUUCAAAAUCUGUCAUUCAGAAAGAUCAAUAAAAACUAAAGAGAAAGCUAAUAAAAAGCCUCUAAAUCUCAAGCUACAAAACUUGAAGUUUAGUAUAAUGAGAAAAUGUGAAAGAGAGAAUUCUAGAAAUACCUCCUUGAAGAACCUCUUAGAGAAAAUUUCAAGUAACAACAGCUCCCUCUACCAGGCCUUGCAAGUAAACUCCUCUAGAGUGCAAGAAGAGCUGACUAAUUCAAGGAUAGAACAAAGAUAUGAGGGGUUUAAUCCAGAAAAUUCCAGGUCUCGGCUGGGAAAGGUAAUUCCUCGUAACUCUAAAUCAUACCGGGAAAUACCCUAGAUCGUGUGAUGCAGGAUGUAAACUGAAUAUUCCUUCCAUUUUCAACAU